UCGUCACUGUUCUCCUUUCUCUUCUCUCUCUACAAACCGGUUACUUCCUCCUUCCCUCUAAAAGCUUCUAUUUUUCCCUUCAAACUCUCAACUCUUCACCGCCGAACCCCCAAAAAUCGCCCUCUCUCCUUUGGCCGGCCAAAUUGCACCAGAUCCCCUCACCGCCGGCUACCCAAACCAGCUCUCCCCCUUCGUUAGCCUAAACCGGAUCUCCUCACCGCCGCCCAAAGAAAUCGAGCUCUCUCUUUCUCUGCCGGCUCCAAAAGAUCAAACCCUCUUCUUGCCGGCUAUCCGACCAGAUCUCCCUAAAAAAAUCAAACCUUUUCCCUCUAGAAAAUACCCAAACCGAAAACACAAAAAAAACUAACCUCCUGCCUCUCCCAUAUUGUAUAUAUAUAUUUUGAUUUUUUUGACUAUUGUUUGAUUGUGGUUAUGCCGGCUGCUAGAUUUCUAGUCUAGUUUUCUAGGGUUUUUUUUUUUGCUGUAGGUUGUAGGGCUUUUCCUCACUGGUUACCCAGGUUUUCAUUCCGAUUUUUCUUUAAUGGUUUAGUACUGGGCUUGAUUCAGAUAACUAAUAGAAUAAAUAACAUAAAACUAAAAUAAAACAAAAUAAAAUAAAAUAAAAUGAAAUGAAAUGUGAAAACAAAACAUAUAAAAAUAGUGUCUACACCAUCGAUAUAGCCAAGAACUAUGGGCGGCCGAGGUCUAAUAGCAGGGCGCACUGCCCAUGCUCCUCCUCUUCACAAGUUUGAACCUCUCAGGCGCACGGCCUUGAACCGCCUCUUUGCGGUGGUUUACGCCUCUGCUAUUAUAGCUCUACUUUAUCGCCAUGCACAAACACUUAUAUACUCAGCAACCAGCUUACUCUCUUUCUCUUUGAGCCUCUCCUUGCUCAUUUCUGAUCUCGUUCUUGCCUUCAUGUGGACCGGCGCACAAGCUUUCCGAGUGUUCCCAAUUCGUCGCAAGGAGUUCCCCGAAAACCUCAGAAAAAUCAUCAAGGAAGAAGAUUUCCCAGGGUUGGACGUGUUCAUAUGCACGGCUGAUCCUUACAAGGAGCCACCGAUGAAUGUGGUGAACACAGCCCUCUCGUUGAUGGCUUAUGAUUAUCCAACAGAGAAGAUUUCGGUCUAUGUAUCGGACGAUGGAGGAUCAGCCUUCACUCUCUUUGCUUUCAUGGAGGCCGCUAAGUUUGCCAGUCACUGGUUACCAUUUUGCAGGGAGCAUAAUAUGAUGGAAAGGAGCCCUGAAGUGUAUUUUGCAUCUACUUAUCAUUCCUGGAGCCCUGAGAUUGAGAAGAUUAAGAUGAUGUACGAGAUUAUGAAAGUGAAGGUAAAACACAUUGUUGAUAAAGGGGAAAUUAGUGAUGAAUACAUUGUAGACAAUGAAUAUCGAGAAGUUUUUCGUAAAUGGACUGACGGGUUUACUCGUAUGGAUCAUCCUGCUGUGGUUCAGGUUAUCUUAGAUAAGAGCAAAGAUAAAGACAUUUCAGGCAAUUUCUUGCCAAAUCUCAUUUAUGUCUCAAGACAGAAAAGCAAGACUUCUCCUCACCACUUUAAAGCUGGAGCUCUAAAUGUUCUGUUACGAGUAUCAGCUGUUAUGACCAAUGCGCCAUUAAUCUUGACCCAAGACUGUGACAUGUACUCGAAUGAUCCUCAAACUCCUCUCCGAGUGCUAUGUUAUCUAUCAGACCCUGCACUUCAAUCAAAAUUGGCAUACAUUCAAUUUCCCCAACGAUUUCAUGGCCUCAACCAAACUGACAUCUAUGCUUCUGAGUAUAAACGCUUGUUCCAAAUUAAUCCUAUGGGUUUUAAUGGGCUAAUGGGUCCAAAUUAUGUGGGAUCCGGUUGCUUCUUUUGUCGACGAGCUUUCUUCGGUGGGCCAUCAACUUUGGUGCCACCGAAAAUCCCUGAACUCAGCCCAGACCAUGUGGUAGACAAGCCCAUUAAUUCUCAAAAAAUUUUGUCAUUGGCACACAAUGUAGCAGGUUGCGAUUAUGAAAACCAAACUGAACAUUGGGGCUCCAAAAAUGGGUUUAGAUAUGGAUCUUUGGUUGAAGACUUUUACACAGGAUAUCGACUUCAGAGUGAAGGAUGGAAAAGCUUAUUCUGUCAUCCCGAGAGGGCUGCAUUUUUAGGGGAUGUGCCAAUUACCCUUUUAGAUUUACUUAGUCAAUGCAAGAGAUGGUGCAUUGGUCUUUUAGAAGUGACCUUCUCCAAAUAUAACACUCUCAUCUUCGGUUCUCGUUCUAUGGGCAUUAUGAUGGGAUUAGCUUAUUCUCACUAUGCAUUCUGGCCUAUUUGGGGCAUCCCGAUCACCCUUUAUUCUUUCCUCCCCCAGCUAGCUUUGCUCAAUAAAGUCAGCAUCUUCCCAAAGGUAUCAGAACCAUGGUGUUUCUUAUAUGUUUUUCUUUUCCUCGGCGCUUAUGGGCAAGAUUUCCUUGACUUUGUCCUAGCUGGAGGCACUGUCCGAAGGUGGUGGAAUGCUCAAAGGAUGUGGAUGAUAAGGGGGCUUUCAUGUUUCUUGUUAAGUUCAGUUGAGUACCUGCUCAAGUCUUUAGGGAUUUCCACUCAUAGUUUUAGCCUAACAAGCAAGGUGCUUGAUGAUGAACAAAGCAAGAGAUACGACCAAAGCAUUUUUGAGUUCGGAGUCCCUUCCCCCUUAUUUGUGCCAUUGACAAUGGCAGCAAUAAUCAACUUAUUCUCAUUCGCAUGGGGACUAAUAGAGUUUUGGGAUAAUGGCAGCAACAAGGAAGGCCUCGCUUUGCAGAUGGUAUUAGCAGGGUUCAUUGUUUUGAAUUGCUUGCCAAUUUAUGGAGCCAUUGCCUUGAGGAGUGACAAAGGAAAAAUGCCCACCCAAAUUACAGUCAUCUCAACAUUUCUGUCUGUGGCUCUUUAUAUUUUUGCUUAUCUCAUUCUCAAGCAAUAACUCUAAUUAGGCUAACUUUUUUUUCUUCUUCUUCUUUCUUUUCUAGAUCAAAUAAUUAGAAUCCUUGAUUUAUAUUUCUCCUCUAAUCUUUGCUUUAUAUGAAAAUAUUUACAAAAAAAGGUUGAAAGUAAUCACAUAUCUAGUUGCUCA